CUAGAAACACAUUGCAGUUCUGUCUCAGUCCACUAUGUGGCGCAUUCACUGUGUUGUAUUCUGUGAAAGCGGCGCCUCCCUGACAGAGCUUCAUAUCACAGAGCUGCAUCAGGAGCCCAUCAACACUCAAGGAUUCUUACUUUAUCGAGAUGCUGGAAGCUCUUGGCCCUGACAUGUAAAAUUUUCCUGUUAGACGAAACGCUAGUAAAUAUUUAUGACUAGUUUUUAAUUGUUUGGCUAGUCACCUGUUUUACCAAGUAUUUCCAAUUUUUUUUCCAUCACAAUUCUGCUGUUAUAAUAUUACUCCUGGGAUAAAAAAAAAAAAUGGAAACUGGAUAUGUUCAUCUAGCCAAAAGACCAGCGAACGAGACGAAGCUUGAUGUUUGUUCUACAGCUUUGCCUUAACAAUACUGGAAUCAUCAGAAUUUGGAUAUUUUCGCAAUGGAAAUGCACAUUUUAACUGUAUUUAGUUUGCUCAGUUGUUGUGAACUCUCAGUAGUUCUCGCGCUUAGCAAUAAUUCGACAGAUUUAACGUCAGAAAUCGCUUCAUCCUAUCAAGUGCUUGAAAUCAGCACAGACGGGCAUGAACGACGUGUAACUUUAAAUAAAAUCAGUCAUGAAACGGGUAAGAAACCUACAAAUGUGCUUUCAUCGACCAGGACUACGAUAAACUUGGUGAAUGGGAGCGAUGACACAACGGUAAGAGCGUCUUCCAGGCAGAAGUACGAAAGAACUGACCAAAUGGACAAAUAUGGGAAAACAAAAUCAUUUCUGAGGGAAAUGCACGACGAAAUUCGCGUAAAACGUCGUUAUCGUCGACAGAAAAGAGUGACGGAGUCUGACAGGAAUCAAACCAUAAAUGAAUUGGAGCGCGUCGAGUCGAUGCCGAAGCCUGUGGCGCAGAUCCAGCCUACAGACUCUCCCUCUGAGCUCACGUCUAUCCCUGAAUGGGGCACCUCACCUGUGGAGGACUAUGAGGAAGACUUCACCCCGUUCAUUCCCUUUAAUACACGGUCAAAAACUCCAGGGGUGAAGAACCCGUUUUACCCUGUGACAGGUGAAUCGUACGGUGCAUAUGCUGUACUGUGCAUCUCCAUCCUCAUUUUCACUGUGGGGAUUCUUGGGAAUAUAGCAAUCAUGUGCAUAGUGUGCCACAAUUACUACAUGAGAAGCAUUUCAAACUCCUUGCUGGCCAACCUCGCGCUGUGGGAUUUUGUCAUCCUGUUUUUCUGCUUGCCACUUGUUAUAUUCCAUGAACUCACUAAGGAUUGGCUCCUUGGGGAAUUCUCCUGUAAAAUCGUUCCAUACAUUGAGGUGGCAUCUUUAGGAGUAACUACCUUCACUCUUUGUGCUUUGUGCAUUGACCGUUUCCGUGCCGCAAGCAAUGUCCAGCUGUACUACGAGAUGAUUGAAAACUGCAUCUCCACUGCAGCCAAGCUAACCGUGAUCUGGCUUGGUGCUCUGCUCCUCGCCCUGCCUGAGCUCCUCAUCCGGCAACUGGUGAGAGAGGAGCGCGAGCCUCCAGAGGUGAUACCUUGCGAACAUUGUGUAAUCCGAAUCUCCACGGCUCUCCCGGACACGCUUUACGUGCUCGGACUCACCUACAACAGCGCUCGCCUGUGGUGGUACUUCGGCUGCUACUUUUGCCUGCCCACCCUCUUCACCAUCAUCAGCUCGGUGGUGACCGCACGCAAAAUCCGCAAGGCUGAGCGAACCAGCGUCCGAGGCAACCGCAAGCAGAUCCAACUGGAAAGCCAAAUGAACUGCAUCGUGGUUGCUUUGGCUAUCCUGUAUGGCUUUUGCAUCAUUCCAGAGAACAUCAGCAACAUCGUGUCAGUCUACAUGGCUACAGGCGUGCCACAGCGCACGCUGGAUAUCUUACAUCUGGUGAGUCAGAUGAUGCUGUUCUUCAAGUCCGCGAUUACACCUGUCCUGCUUCUGGUGCUCUGUCGGCCCUUCAGCAAAGCCUUCCUGGACUGCUGCUGCUGCUGUUUUGAGGAGUGCGGCCCACCAAAGUCUUCCGAGCCCAACAGUGAUGACAACGAUCAGGACAGCACCACCGAGCUGGAGCUUUCACCUUACAGCACUGUAGUUCGCAGGGAUCCAUCUACCUUCCCAAUAGCGGCAACGCACUGCUAAAGUUGUACCUUACCUAAGGGCUAAACAUUAAGAAGGGCUUAGAUUUACAGAAUAAACCAGUUAAAAUAUAUUGUUUUCACAGGCUGUGCAAUUUUGUGCCGUUUCUGUUUUUAUUCGACUUUGUUUUGGGAGAGAUUCCCACAAACUGGAUAUUUUAUCUUGUGAAAAUAGGGACAAAGAGCCACACAUUUAUGACAGGCAACAUGGUCUUAAAGAUGCAACAGCCUAUUGAUGUUUACAAAAGAAGACAUGCGUACCAUGAGUAGUUUCUUGGAAGUUUAUAGGAAGCCUAGAAGAAUUAUAAAUUAACUCACAUGCAUUUGUUAAAAUUUGCACUAUUUUCUUACACCUAUAUCUUUUUUUUUUUUUUUUUUUCAUUUUAAUUUGGUGUAUUUGUGUUUUUGUUCAAAGUGUCUUUGAACAAAAAAGGCGCUUAUGGAUGGUAAUAGAAAAUGGUUGUUCGUAGUAUGUUUUGGUGUUGUGGAAAUUGGCGAUUCUUGUGAAUCGGUUCAAUGUUAAGCCUAGAUCCUGUGCUUUGUAAGUAUUAAAUUCAUUCUGUAUUUUCUAGCAGAUGAAUUUGUGACACUCUUCAGCCACUGGAAAGCACUGAAGAAGCUGUUUAGCCAAGACAUGUCACUUUAAUAAAAAAACAAAACAAAACAAAAACAACAACAACAAAUUGGAAGGUCUUAAGAAGAUUUUUUUAUUUUUACAGAUGUUUGAGAUUAACUUGAUUUUUAUGAAGUGAACCUGCCCUGGAGAUCGUGUUUAGAAUUUUGAGAAUUUUUCUUUCUAUUCAGUUUGCGUUGGUAAAUUGAAGACUUGGAGAUCCUAACAAAUCAGUUUUUCCUUCAGUGGUAAGUUCACAGGCCUGUGGGUCAUCAAUGCAAUACAGUACUUUCCUAGCACACAGAGGCUAUUGUUUAAUGCUGUGGCCAGUUCAACAUUGGGCAUUCAUACACAAGCGGAUUCCAUGACCUCACGGACAGAAGUGCGGACUGGAUUGUGAAUGUGGAGAAAGAUGUAGGAAGCCUGUUUGGCUUAACAGGACAGCUGGAGUUUCGUUAUUGUGGUCCGGUUGCUUAUUGGCCAUUUAGUGUCAAAGGAAAGUUGUACUUUUGCAUUGCUUGAGGAAUAAUCCCAUCUCUUUUACUAUACAUUUAAGCUUGUCACCAAAACCUGGUGAGCCACUUUGCUGUAUGCUUCCUACACAGCUUCCUUGGAAGGCAGCAUCAUAACAGAAAUGAAAUCUCAAGUGACUGAUUUUGGGAAGAAUGCAUUCUGAUGGACAAUGUGACACUGAAGACUGGAGUAACUUUCUUCUGUGGAGCACUAAAGAUAUUUUAAAAAAUGACCAAUGUUUUGGACCCCAUUGACUGUAUG